AAGAAAAGACUCAGCGGUAAGCAGUAGCAUUGUUCAUAAUUAUCAAUGUAGCAUUUCUUUUACGAUUCGAACGCGUUUUGAAGAAAAUGGAAAUAUUGACGAUGAUUUGUGGUUGCUCGUGGUAAACCAAGAGUGGAGCAUCACAUCCAAUUAUCUGCGGUCUUCCUGUCUUGGAGGAGAGCAAACAUCAAGAUGGAAAUGGCAACUGCUUUUCACUUUUCAACGCCUUCUACGUUCUCACGCCAUUAAAAGGGGAACCUAUGUCAGUACAGCAAGUGGGCGCUGUAGGAAGAUAAAAUACAUCCAUAUCUGAAGCCAGUCUUCAUAAGGGUGAAGAAAUGGCCUUCUUGGACAAUCCAGCCAUCAUUCUGGCCCACAUCAGGCAGUCUCAUGUAACCAGCGAUGACACAGGAAUGUGUGAGAUGGUGCUAAUCGACCAGGAUGUGGAUCUGGAGAAGUGCCAGCUGGCUCUGGUACCUGGCAGCACCUGUGGGUCAGCAACAUUAGAUUCCUUAAGUGAGGGGGUCAGCACCAUGGCAGACAGUCACACUUGUGACCUCUCCCAGUCUAUGGACAUUACCUCGAGCUGGGACUUUGGUAUCCGUCGACGCUCUAACACAGCCCAAAGACUUGAAAGACUGAGGAAGGAGCGUCAAAAUCAAAUCAAAUGUAAAAAUAUUCAAUGGAAAGAAAGGUCAUCUUCCCAGUCAGUGGAGGAUUUGGCGUCUUUUUUUGAAAAACGAGAUUUUAAAGACAGACAGCGGUCAACAUGUGUAAAAUCCACACUUUCACUUCGACUGGAGCAGUGUCCCCAGCAGCUUAACAACCCUUUCAAUGAAUACUCCAAAUUUGAUGGCAAGGGCCACAUUGGCACAACUGCUACAAAAAAAAUAGACGUCUACCUCUCGAUGCAGAUGGCUCAGGAAAAAGUUCAUCCCAUGACUGUGGUAACGAUUGCCAACGCCCGGGUUCAUGAUCUCAUUGGGCUUAUCUGUUGGCAAUACACAAGUGAGGGGCGAGAACCCAAACUUAAUGAGAACGUGAAUGCAUAUUGCCUCCAUAUUGCGGAAGAUGAUGGUGAGGUGGAUACAGACUUCCCUCCUCUGGACUCCAAUGAGCCAAUCCACAAGUUUGGUUUCAGUACUCUGGCAUUGGUGGAGAAGUACUCCUCACCUGGGAUUGGUUCUAGACAAUCACUGUUUGUCAGAAUAAAUGCUGCUCAGGGGUUUUCCUUAAUCCCAGUGGACAGUCUGAAAGUGACCAUGAAGGAAAUUCUUCAGAAAGCUCUAAAAAAGAGAAAAGGCUCGCAGAAAGGAUCAGGGCCGAUGUAUCGUCUGGAGAAGCAAACAGACCCAAAUAUUGCAGUAGACCUUGAUUCCACACUUGAAAGUCAGAUCACCCUGGAAUUUUGCCUGGUCAGAGAAAACAGUUCCAGGGGUGAGGAGAGCUCAGAGGAGGAUCUCCCCAUUGACAUCACCACCGUCCAGGAUAUGCUGAGCAGCCACCACUAUAAGUCCUUCAAGAUUAGUAUGAUUCAUAAGCUGCGUUUCACGACAGAUGUUCAGCUCGGAAUUUCAGGAGAAAAAGUGGAGAUCGAUCCUGUGACCAAUCAGAAGGCUAGCACUAAGUUCUGGAUUCGUCAGAAACCCAUUUCUAUCGAUUCAGACCACCUGUGUGCCUGUGACCUUGUUGAGGAAAGAAGCCCGAAUCACGCCAUAUUUAAGAUCACUUAUCUGAGCAACCACGAUUACAAACCUCUCUACUUUGAAUCCGAUUCUACUACAGUCAAUGAAAUAGUUCUAAAGGUCAACUACAUCCUUGAGUCUCGUGCCAGCACCACACGGGCGGAUUAUUUUGCCCAAAAGCAGAGGAAGCUCAGCCGGCGAACAAGUUUCAGUUUCCAGAAGGACAAGAAGACUGGCCAGUAGACAAGCCAGAAUCUAUGCAGCUUCCAGUUUGUCUUGAAGUCUCCAAAUCCACAGACACGCGAAGAAGCCUUGCAAAUAUUAGCCACUUGACAGUGACAUCGGUGUGUUCAAACCUGGUGGGAGACUACCGAUGGAUUGUGGACGUUUUUGUCUUCAUUCACAUUCAUAUGUAUUUUUUUUUCAUGAUACUCAACACAUGUCCUUAUUUUGGUUGGUUAGUGUGAUUUAUUUUGUACAGCAGGUGGCAGCAGACUGUGGAAAUGUGUGGUUUAAGAUGACAAUGGAGGAAAAGUUCAAUUAAAAUAAAUUUAAAGAUUA